GAAGUUUGGAAACUUUGUACUGUCGAGAGAAAAAGAAAAGAGGGAGUGAGAGAGAGAGAGAGAGAGAGUGAGUGGGGGGUGAGUUGGACUGGAAGAGCUGAGACUACUUGAGAAGCCAGAUAGGAAAAAGGAGUCUUGCUUGGGAGAGGAUCUGCAAGGAAGCCACCAUGUCCCACAAAGGAUGCCUUAGCGUCAUAAAGUACUUCCUCUUCAUCUUCAACCUCUUCUUUUUUAUGCUUGGAAGUCUUCUCUUCAGCUUUGGCUUAUGGAUCCUUUUUGACCGAAACAAUUUUGCUUCUGUUCUUGGGUCAUCAUAUUAUGCCCUAAAAGUCUGGUCCUAUAUCUUCUGUGGUGUUGGCAUCCUCACAAUGUUGAUGGGUUUCCUUGGAUGUCUAGGUUCCCUCAAGGAGAUCAAGUGCAUGCUGGGAUUUUACUUUGCCUUCCUGCUCCUCCUUUUUAUUGCUCAGAUCACCAUCGGGAUCCUGAUAUAUGUACAGCAAAACUCGCUCAAGAAAACUGUUGGAGAAUAUGUAAAUGGCAUAAUCGAAACUUAUGGAGCAAAAAGUUCCUACUCUGAUCAUGAAGAGAGCUGGGAUUUUGUGCAAAAGCAGUUCCAGUGUUGUGGAUGGACCUCUUAUAGCGACUGGAGGAAGAACCCGAGAGUCCACAACUCCUCCGACCUCUUCCCCUGUUCCUGUUACAAUGCUUCUCAGUCUAGUCCUCUGGAGAUUAAUCAGACGGCAAACGUGGAGCCUGAAGGCUUCUGCAAAACUUUGGGCGAGUGGCCAGUCUACAAGGAGGGCUGCAUGCGUAGUGUUGAAGUCUGGGUGACCAAUAAUAUCAUCACAGUUGUGGGGAUCUGCCUUGGCAUUGCCCUUCUCGAGCUCUGCCUCAUGACCCUGUCGAUGUUUCUGUGUAGGACCAUUGCCCCCAACUAUGACAAGCUCGCCCGUUAUUCCUAGGAGGUGACUCACCAGUCCCCAAAGUCGGAAACUAUUCCCUCUAAUGAAGCCAUUCCACUUCAGGAGAUUUAAAACAGUGUUUUGCAUGGUGCCUUGGGAGGUUCCCUACUUAACUUUUUUUUUAACUCAUACCUUGGUAAAUGAAACUUAACCUUCAGGAGAGCAACCGGCACCAGCAAAGAAAUGGAAAGUAUUCCGCUUCAUGCAGUGAUAUGGAUGAUUUGGUUCUUAGACCACUUCCAAAAACUACAAGCAUACUGCCAUUUGCCUUGAGAAAAGAUGUAACCUAUCUCCAAAGUAAGAUGCCAUUCCUAUGUUUUUAUAUCACUUGAAUUCUUAAUAUUUGACUCUGGAAACUGUUUUGUAGGAAAUUACCUGCACAGAGUUAGACUCUGAAGGGUCUCAAAAGAUAAAAUAUAAACGAACUGUACAGUACAACUCCCACAUCCAUUGGGAUACAUUCCCAGACUUCACAUGGAUAUGUAAAACCGAAAUAAUAGCAAAUCCUAUUGAAAUGAAGGAUUUCUGUCCCUAGAAUACUAUAGUUGUGCUGGAGGACCUAGAAAAUGCCUAGAGAGGACACAUUUUGUCAGAUAUGGCUCAAUGAGACUAGAUAUUGCUCUGCAGAUACGGGGUUUGUACUGUAUUUUCCAGUUUUUAUUGUUUACCUCAUUAUUAAAUUCCCUAAAUGGGAUGAAACAGAUAUACAUGCUAGAACAGGCAUUGGCAAACUUUGGGCCUCCAGGUGUUUUGGACUCCAACUCCCACAAUUCCUAACAGCCGGUAGGCUGUUAGGAAUUGUGGGAGUUGGAGUCCAAAACACCUGGAGGGCUAAAGUUUGCCAAUGCCUGGGCUAGAAAACUUUGUUCUUACCUGAAAAAAUUAAUCUGUAAUUAAAAUUUAUUGUGCAAAUGUUCAAUUGAAUUAACUAUAGCAAUGAAUCUAGUAGAGUAGUGACAUUUUGGAUGUCGAAUUGUAUUUUUGAGCAAUGCCUUUUGGGUGCACCUGGUUGAAACACUGCAAUGUGUCCAGACCAGGCAUUAAUACGACAUUAUUGUGUCCAGAAUUUGGAAAAAUUGCUUUUUCAGACUAUAACUCCCAGAAUCUCCCUGCCAAUAUGUGUCAUGCUAGUUGCGAAAUUCUGAGAGUGCAAAAAGCAUCUUUCCCCAAUUUUGGUUUUAACCCACUUCAGUGUUCAUCUUGUAUUGCUGCCUCAAAGUCACUGUGAUAGGCUCGCAUGCUGCAAAAGCUUUAUUUAAUAGGGUUGGAUUUCCUUCUAGAUUCCUGAAAACCAAUUUUAAUCAAGUACCAGUCCUAUACUCUGAACCCCAUAUAAUUCCCAUAGCUUGAAAAUACUUUGUCCCCACAAUGAUAGCUCUUCAUGGACACAAAAAUUCCUUUGGGUACUUCUGCAAAAAGGCUUCUUCAUCUAUAUUGCCCGCAGAAGCGUCAAUAACCAGAUUCUCAGCGUUUGUGUGGGAUUCUUAAAACUGACCGAAAGUAAAGGACAAAGCCUUUGCUUAUAUUGGACAUGUAUGCACUGGUGCUGCUUUCUCAUUGUUUCAAUGGAGUUAUGUCUAUUGGUAAUCGUACAAAUUAGUUAUGUUCACUUCGAGGACAAGGUAAUCAGUUGUCAUGGAUUUAUAUUAUAUCCCGCAUGUCUCAUCUUGCAGAACGAUGGAUGGGGAAGUCUAUUUUUAACCUUUGCUGUAUGUUUGUAUUUAUGUAUAUAUAUCCACGUGGUUGUUUGAUACAGUAGAACGGGGAAGGAAAACAUGCCAAGAAGAGGAAGUAAGUGGAAUGAGGCCCACAUACGAUUUCACGUACCUCCUCAACAUGUUGCCUUUUGUUCUUAAGAUAUUUGGGGUUGUUUUCUAAGUCUCCCAUUUUGUAAAUAAGUAAUAAAAAGAACCCUAGAAUCCAACAA